CAGGCAGAGCUCUGGGGCUCGGCGCGCACCAUCGGGAGAGAGAGAGAGAGCUAGAGAGAGAGAGACCCAGAGAGACGGGGACAGGGCGAGGCAGGGAGGGGGAGUUGCAGUUGCAACCAGGAAAGGAGAAAGACAGAAAAGGAGAGAGGGAGAGAGGGGGGAAAAGGAGCCCCAUCGCCACCUCUCGCGUGCGGGGGAGAGGGCAGGGAAGCCAGUGUCAGGAUCCCUAAUUAAAGGAGAGCGCAGCUCUGCUCUAAAAGGCUCUUGGGCUUGACACUCUCAGCCGCCGGGAGGACUAGGGCAGGAGGGACCGAGCUUUGUUCGGUGUCCAUUCAAAGGAAAAAGAUUUUCCCUCCCUUUGGCUGGUGUUGGAGGGGAGCCUUCGGGCGGGUGGAGAAGGUUAUUGGGGUUUUGUUUGUUUUUUCCAAGAAUUUUUUCAGAUUAUUAUCGUUCUGUCAAGUGUCAGAGCCUCUGAAACUCGGGCGGCUAUUCGAUCCACAGGAAGUUUAUUCUCAGCCUUUUUUUUUUUUAAGGAGGAAAUAGCCGCAGAAGUUUCUCAAAGCGAGGUUCCUUAGCUGAAUGUCCACGGCUCCCACUGACGGGGCUCGCUAGUUUGGUUUCCAAGCUUAUUUUUUCUCUUUACUCCCCCUGCCCCAAUUUUCUUUGCGGACCUCGAUUCAUUCCCCUUCCGCAAGGAUCUAGGUUCUUUCCCCCACCCCAACCCCCCGCUCUCUGGUGGAGAGGGGGAGGGCGAGUGGGAGGGCCCGAAGGGAGGGUCGGACUUUGGGGAGAGAGAGAAAGGGCCAGGCGGCCAGCUGGUGCCCGGCAGAAGUUCUGAGCGCGCCACUCUCCGGGGCUCAUCGCAGUCGACUUCACGCUUUUCUCGUUUCUUCGUCCCCCCGCCCCGGGAGCGUUUGGAAGCACUCGGCCUGGGGGUGGGGGGUGGGAAGGGUUUAAAAAUACGAGACUACCCGGAGAGGAGAUCGUCGGGGGCGAGAGCGCUCCAGCAAGUGCGAGGCGGGGAGGAGGAGGAGAAGAAGGAGGAGGAGGAAGAGGAGGGUGGGGGAAAACAAACACCCUGUUUCCUCUCGGGCUCCCACCGCGGAUCAUGUACCAGGAUUAUCCCGGGAACUUUGACACCUCGUCCCGGGGCAGCAGCGGCUCUCCAGCGCACGCCGAGUCUUAUUCCAGCGGCGGCGGCGGCCAGCAGAAAUUCCGGGUAGAUAUGCCAGGAUCUGGCAGUGCCUUCAUCCCCACCAUCAACGCCAUUACCACCAGCCAGGAUCUCCAGUGGAUGGUGCAGCCCACAGUCAUCACCUCCAUGUCGAAUCCAUACACCCGCUCCCAUCCCUACAGCCCACUGCCAGGCCUCGCCUCGGUCCCGGGACACAUGACUCUCGCAAGACCUGGGGUGAUCAAGACCAUCGGCACCACUGUGGGCAGGAGAAGGAGAGAUGAACAGCUGUCUCCUGAAGAAGAAGAAAAGCGAAGAAUUCGGAGAGAGAGGAACAAGCUUGCUGCAGCCAAGUGCCGUAACCGACGCCGGGAGCUGACUGAGAAGCUCCAAGCGGAAACAGAAGAACUAGAGGAAGAGAAGUCGGGACUGCAGAAGGAAAUAGCUGAGCUGCAGAAGGAGAAGGAGAAGCUAGAGUUUAUGCUGGUGGCACAUGGGCCUGUAUGCAAAAUCAGCCCUGAAGAGCGUCGGACCCCGCCAUCCCACAGCCUGCAGUCCAUGCGCCCCGGCGGCGGGGUAGGUACUGUUGUGGUGAAGCAAGAGCCCUUGGAAGAAGAGAUCCCAUCCUCCUCCUCUUCAGCCCUGGACAAGGCCCAGAGGUCCGUCAUUAAGCCCAUCAACAUUGCUGGGGGCUUUUAUGGGGAGGAGCCCCUCAAUACCCCUAUUGUGGUGACCUCCACUCCAGCUAUCACCCCGGGCACCUCCAACCUGGUCUUUACCUACCCAAACGUGCUGGAGCAGGAAUCCCCUGUAUCCCCUUCUGAGUCAUGCUCCAAGGCCCACCGGAGAAGUAGCAGCAGCGGGGACCAGUCUUCAGACUCCUUGAACUCUCCCACUCUCCUGGCUUUGUAACCCCGCUGGGUGCUGUCCUUCCCAGCUCUGGAGAGGAAUGAAGGGAAGCCACCCUCCACCUUCUCCACUGUCUCCUUCCCAGGGACCAGCACACUGGCAAUGAGUGACAACUGAGAGAGGGACACUGCAGAAGAGCUUGGCUCUGGGGAGAAUGAAGUGGAAUCUGGCAAGGAGUACGAAGGAGCUCAGGGCAGACCCGUGGACGGAGUGGGGACUCCCUCAUUAAUCCCAUAGGCAGUUCCUGUUACCUUCAGAACUUGGGAGAACUGUUUUGUGGACUCGUAUCUCCCUGAAGUCGGUGUGGACCAUUGCUUUCCCUUUCUUCUGAUAUUGUAUGUUGGAGUGAUGGUUUCUUUCCUUGGCUUCCUUUCCCCGUUGUGGGGGAGGGGGGUGCACAUUUGGUGCCUUCCCUCCAACUCAAACCAUUCCUGUUCAGCUUUACUCCCCUUAUAUCAAUUUCUCUCCCUUUUUGUUUCUCACCCUUCUAGGACAUUUCAUGAGGGUGGUCUAAGCACUUAAGACUCCCUUAAGAAUCUUUAUUUGUUUCUGGAGGUAGGGCUGUGAGUAAAUGAUUUUCUUUGAGUCUGAAGUGUGUGGCUUGGGAUACUGGGCCUAAAACCAGGAAAUGGGCCACCAAAGGCUCCCCCCAGAGACAUGCCCCAUCCCUACCUCCCAGAGCUUGUGAUAGAGCCAGCCCCCUGGCCUUUUCCACCCUCUGUGCAGAGCUGGGGAGAGGCAGCUGCUGUGUCUGCUGGAAGAAGAAGGUGUUCGUGGAGGCAGGAGAUGAGAGGCAGAGCGUGCCUGCGUGUGUGCGUGCAGUCAGAGCUGGCUUUGCAAAAUGCUUAAUUACCAACCUAGGAAUAGCGCCAACAAAGCCAGGAGGUUGCCAGAGCUGGCUUCCCCCUCUCCGAUGCUGCCUCGAACAGGGCGUCUCCCAUAAUUACUGCCUCUCCACUUGGGCCAGGGACCCUUCUCUCUCCCGCCUGCCUGCCUGGCCUGCCUGCCUGCCGGCCUGCCUCCCAAAGCCUCCCUCCCUUGGGAAUCAAGGCAGCCCUCUCCAGGCUCCACCCUCUCCCCCUACAGACGCUCAGAGUGACGCCACCCACGGAGUUUUAAUGAGCGUGGGCCAACUCUCCCCAUCCCUACUGAGGCGGCCCCUCCCCAGCACUGAGGGGAGACACCAUGAAAAAGCAUUGGCCUAGGAUAAAAAGGGAAUGGGGAGUGGGGUGGGGUGGAAGAAGGAGGUAGCUGCUAAGAUGGGUUUUUUUUGCAGCUCUCUCUGGCACCCAAGCUCAAACAGACCCAUCUCAACCCCUCUGCCCUUACUUGUCUCCUGUCCCUCUCUGGCACUUUGCUACCUGGUGGAAGGAGACCUUUUUUCCCCAUUUAAUCUCCCUCCUCCCCAACUUUCUCUUCUGGUCCAGGCAAUGCAGUGGUUGAGCAGUUGGCUGGGGUCGCUGAGCUGAUUUUGCUUAUUAGGAAUGGGGCCAGAUCUGUUUGAUCCCCCUGACUGCUAAUGGCUGAAAUAAGCUUUCCCCCCCUGCUGCUGAUGGAGAGCAGAGAGCCUUGUUUUACAUGUGGGGAGAGAGUCAUCUGGCCUCCAUUGGGAAGACAGCUUCUGCCUGGCUCAGCCCCUUUCCCUUCACCCCUCAAACUAAUGCCUCUGGUCCUGGGGUUAGGCCGGGGAUUCUCUUUGGGGUCCAUUCACUUGGUUCCUAUUGCUCCUCCUGACUAAUUGAUCCAGCCACUUUGGCAGGUUUUCCUUUGGUUUAAAUCCACUCCCACGGAGGCAUUCCUUUGAAGGAGACCCACUUGCUGGCAAUUAGGCUCCAAAGAUUGGGUCAUAUUUAAAAAAAAAAUGUUUCUUUAAAUCAAGCCCAGUGGGGAGUUUUCUAAAUUGGACCCUGGAGUGUCCAACAUGACAUUAAGCUGCCUCAUUGGCUCACCCAGAUCACUUUACAUGUCCUAUAUAAUAUAGAUUGAGUACCCAACAUCCAUUGGUCAUCUAGCUAGGUAUUUGACAUAACUCCUAUCUAAUAGGUCCCUUACAUCUGCGGUGGGGUGUGUGUGUGUGUGUGUGUGUGUGUGUGUGUGUGAGAGAGAGUGAGUGAUUGCUAUGUAAGAUACUGGGAAAACCUAGGUUAGGAGAAAGAUGGGAUCUCGUUGAAAUACACAUUUUUCUUAAAACAAAACACUCCAGUGCAAAAUGCUUUAAGACCAAUUCCAUUUCCACAUUGCCUGGCCCUGUUGGAAACUCUUUCCUGGUUGCCCAGGAGGCUGUGGAAAGAUGAGCCCCUAAGUGAACUUGAAUGUUUUGGGUUUCUGACUUCCAGUUAAAGCAGAGAACUCCUGAGUCAGCCAAAGACCCAGCAUGAGGUGAUGGAAAGUGAAUGAGGUAUGCCUUACUUUUAAAGGGUUAAUCAUCUCUAGUUGCAUUGGUAUCCAAGCUGGAGCCCUUUGCUUUUAUAUGCAUAUAUGUUAAAUGAAGCUGCUUUUUUUUUCUGGUCUUAAAAAAUCUUUUACUUCCCUUUUUGCCCAGGACUGACCUGAAAGUAGGUCAAAGUCUGUUCCACUGAAGCUACCCUGGACAAUGAGUAGGCACGGAUUAUGGGACUUCAUUUAUUCAUUCAACAAGCAUCUAUUAAGUACCUACUAUGUGUCAGGAACUCCACUAGGCUCUGGGGAUACAAAAGCAGAAGCAAAAAUGGUCCCUAACCUUGAGGAGCUUACAUUUUUCACAUUUAGAUCAAUGAGGCAACACACAUUUAUUAAUUACCACUGUGUCCCAGACACUGUUAGGUCCUGGGGAUACAGAGACAAAAAUGAUAGUGCUUGCCUUCAGGGAUGUUUGUUGAGUUGAACAGAAAGCCAUGUUAACUUUGGGACCAUUUGUGGGCCAAAGCUAAGUGACCCAUAUAACACCUUCAAAAGGUCUUAGAACUUGAGGCCUUCUCCACUCAGGACCUGCUCUUCUGUGGGAACUCUCACAAAGAUAAUGGUUUUAUUCAGGGAAGAUAAAAUUUGCACCUAAGUGAUGAUUAAUAUCUUCAAUUUUCUGACCACUUCCUUCCAGGGGAACAGUCAGAGAGAUUGAUGCAUCUACACACGAAAACACACAUAAAUUUCUCCAAGCAGGAGUUAGUGUCAGGUCAGCUGACUCCUAGAAAAGAGUGUUGGAGUUGAGUUGGUUGGGAUGGGGGCUGCUCUUGCUUCCCAGGGUAUCAGGGUCAGUGAGGCAGCUCAUCAUUCUGGAGUCAGACUGGGUUGGGAGCAGCUUUCUGAGAAGGCUGGGGCACGUUCUGAGCCAGAGUAUGGAACGCCCAGUCCUUUCUGCUGCCUGGCUGACCUCUCUGAGAACAAGCUAUUCUCUGGCUGGACCGAGGAGGGCCAACUGACAGGGAAGGGAGGGAGGAUCUAGGUGAAGCUUAGGAAAUUGCCAGGGCCAGUUCCAAGAAAAGAAAAUUGGUUUGGGGUUUUUUUGGGGAAAAAAAAACAAACAUUUUCUCCUGCCUGCCUAGUGGGCUGUGCACAUCCAUUCUGGUCCAAUGUCUUGAGUCAUUCUCUGAAGAAUCAGACAAACAAAACUAAGCAAAGGCUGCCGGUGGUGUUUCUCUUUUCUGCUCCCAUGGAGGUUCUUCCCUUCCAUGGGCUGCAGUCCUCCCCACAGCUCAUGUUCUGGAGGGGUGAAAGGUUUCCUCUCCUUUUCUUGAGGAGCAGUCAAUGCUGCUAGAGUAUCCUGGAUUUUGCCCCUGGGUAGUUUUCCUUCUCUAACUAGACACUGGAAGGAUGGCUUGUUUCCUCCUUUCUAUCUCUAACUCUUCUUGAGAUUAGAGUUGAGGGGAUGGCAUGGUGCCCCACUGAGGUUCCACAGUAAUGGUCUUGUUAGAAAUGAAAGGGUUAUCAUCACAGUAGCUGCUGUCUUUGCCUUUCUCCUCUCCUCCCUUUCCUGCUUCCCAUCCUUCUUCUUCAUCCCCUUAAUGAGGAGAUUAGACUAGAUGACUUCUCUGAUCCUUCACAGCUUCCAAAUCUCUGAUCUCUGAGUCUCUUUCUCCUCCUCUUCCUCCUCCUUUUUACCUCUCCUCUUCCUCCCUCUCUGCUGUCUUCCUCUUCUCUUGAAGUUGACAUUUUCCACCCCUCUACUUUGGUUCAUCUCCUAGAAAGAACACUGGCUCUGGAGUCAGUCAUGAUUACUACCUUUGUGAACUUUGGGCAAGUGGCAUCCUUCUUGGGCCUCAGUUUCCUCAUCUGUAAAACAAUGGACUAAUUGGUCUCUGAGGUCCCUUCAGGCUCAAAAUCUAUGAGAUGAUGAUACUGUUGUUUCUUCCCUUAGCACCUUCCCUUUGGAGGAACAGUCCAAGACUAGCCUGGGAUAGUCUAGGACACACUGCAAGUUCAGGGUAAGACAGUUUGAGGCUAAUACGAUCCUAUUUUCUAUUUCUGAUGGCUUAGCCAAACCUAUCUGAAGCCUUCAUCAUUUGCUUGUUUAGCCCUCCUCUUUUGAAAAGCCAAGAUUUCCCUAUCAGCAGGCAAAUGUGUUUGUGUGACUGCUCCGACAAAUAAAACCCAAUCUAACCACCACUAACAAUAGCUUCCCAUGCUCCUUUUCCCCCUAAAAAUUAAAAAAGGGGUUAUUUUGUGUUUUUAUUUCCUGAAUCCCCUAGCAUGCUAGUGACAAGCAGGAUCCUAAAGGGUUGGGUCAAACAUUGGGGGAUGGAGGGAGAACGCAAUCUACAUUUAUUUCAUUAUUUAUUAAAAUGUUUACAUUUUCUUUGUGUUAUUCUAAACCUGACUAUAAAAAGAAAGCAUUAAAAUACUCAGUUCUGGGGUUGUUGUGUUUUUUUAGUAAGAUUUUUUUUAGGCUGAUGAUGCUUUUUUUUCCCUUCUAAAAUGGUUUGUGACUUGUGUUUGUAUAAAAUGUACAAAGAGGUUUUGUGUCUAAAAAUGGGUGGUCAUUCCUUUCAGGGCAGAGGUCAGGAAGAAGUCCAGCAUGCUAUGAAAAUACGAGCAGAGCCCUGUUCCCUAGAAAUUGUUUUCUCUCCCUGUGUGAUUAAAAGUUAAUUCCAUUUAUUCUAGUUUGUGGUUAAUUAAUAGUGAAAAAGAAAAUAGUCGUCUGUGUAUAGAGAAUAGGUAUCAGGGUGUCUUUUUUUGGCAAGGGGAGGAGAAAGGAAUUGUAUAUAUUUUGAUAUAUGUUCAAAAUAAUAAAUCAUUGUGUAGUAGAGAUAUGUCACUGACAAACGUUGAAGCCUGCUUGUAAGACCUUCAAAGGCAAAACAAGUCGAAGAUUCAUACAGAUCGAUGAGGAAUUGAACUAUUUCUUGAGCAUCAAUUUGGGGUUUUACUUUUUUGUUUCCUUCUUAAAGUGAUAGUGAUUUUUAUUUUUAUUUUUGUUUUUAUUUUUAUUUUUUGCCCAAGAUGAGGUCCAAGGCAGGGCCUAGGGCCUGUGCUCGCAGCCUUUUGUGUAGUUGUGAAGAUCUUGAGCUUGCUCAGCCCCUGAAGCAUCUCUGGCAGUGUAUAUUUUUUGUUUUGUUAUUUUGCUGUAAUACAAACCUACAGUAUUUGCACUAAACAAAAAAAUAAAGGACAUAAGAAAAGAGAAAGCUUAUUAGGAAAAGCUUGCUGCUAUGGAAGAAAGAACAUAUUGAAAAGUUUUUUGUUUUGGGUUUUUUGUUUUGUUUUUUGCUUUUUCAAUUUAAACUGAGUAGCAUUUUGUAGAAUAAAAUU